AUGUGGGUCGAAGACGAUCUGCCUCUCAACAGUGCCGAUGGAGUAGGUCGCAUAGGUCUAGAGAUUGCCGGCAACCCAGACACGAACGACGAGGCGCUCUACGUAGCCGGCGGAAAGGCUGUGGGUAUUGAUGAGGUUAUCAACAAUCUUCAACCGCAAUGGCCGGGGAAUCAGAGCGCACUUGAUUUAGCCAGGGGUCAAAAAGAGUCUCGGACUGGUAAGCAAGUGGAUGCGAAAAGCGUCGUUCAAAACUGA